AUGCCGACUUUAGCGUUGGUUUGCUCAUUCGCCCUACUAAAAAUAUCCUACAGUUCUGCGGCUCAGCAGUUGAAAUGCGUCUCUUUGCCCCCACUUCCAUUGAAUGGCCAUUUCAAGGUCUCUGGUCGGUUCAGCGUCUCGCUGACGUGUCCCGUCCCCGGAACCGAUCUGCCGCUGAACGCCCCUGGAGAUGGCGGGGUUUUAUUCUGCCACCCGGAGGAGAAAAACUACGACUUUGAUAACGUCCAUGUCCCUGAUUGCAUCCCUGUGAAAAUACCCGACAGCAUCCACGUG